AUGGCAGCCGGGGCUAAGGAUGCUGAAGGGCCGUGUAGUCUGGAUUACAUACGGCAGUACGUUGCCCCUCUAAACUACCCUUUGGAAAAGAUGAGCGACAUGACAGAAGAAAUGCGGGCCGAGUGUAAGGAGAUUGUGGUAAACGCUAUUGAGAAGUAUGAGGACAGCUACGAGCACGCGGCAAAGCAUGUGAAGGAGCUGAUGGACAAGAAAUACGGUGCGUCAUGGCAUUGCGUAAUUGGUGAGGGUUUUGGGUUUGAAAUCACGUACGAAAUGAAACACCUCAUGUACAUGUUCCACAAAGGCUUCUUAGCGAUUGUUGUGUUUAAAGGCCUGUAG